AUCAGGAUGUGUUGUGGACGGCGGGAAAGGAUUGCCUACCUGACCGGAGAUCAGCGUUGUGCAGCACAACGCUGAUCUCCGGUCACACGCACAACGUUGUGCAGCACAACUUGUGCUACAUGAGUGAUACAAAUCUCGUCACCUGCGCAAGCGAUUCCUCGGCGAGCUCUCGUUGGAGCUCUCACGGCGAUUAGUGGUUCAGUGCAUUUCCUCACCAGAGAAGACUUCACGAAAGAACACAGUGAAGGAAGGGGUUUGGAUCGAGAGCCGGGAGCUGGAAAGAGGAUUUGCUCAUGAAUCUGAGGCCUGCCCUAAGAGCGUUCGUCGAAACGUCAAGCUCAUGUUUGCACUCUCCAGUUGCCUUGGUUGAUAAAGGUUGUUUUAUUCUGGGGCAGACGACUGGCUUCCCGAUUUCUAGUCGCCAUAAUUUUUCUCGUUCCCAUGGACAGAUUUUUUGUGAUUCCAGCCCUCUGUCGCAAGUAAUCGAGUCGAAUUGUGAUAGAACAUUUAGGUUUGGAAAGCUUGCAGUCAGCUCAGCACCCACAUUUAGCAGCAGGAGCAAAUUCGAGUCUCGAUUCUCAAGAAAAGCUUCACCGCGAUCGGCUUCUGGACUGAGAAGCAGUGUAAGUCGAUCGGCCAUGUCUUCUGCCUUUGAGCCUUCGCUACCAUCUCUGUCGAUGCAGAAUCCAGAGACCGAAGCGGGCACUGGGAAUGCUGAAGCGGUCCAAUCCAAAGCAGCGGAUGCGGAGGUCAAGGAAGACGUGCUGGUUCAGUACAUUGUGAUCAGAAAGGACCUGGUGCUGGAGCAGAACUGGCCGCUGGGCAGUAUCAUUGCGCAAGGAUGUCACGCAGCUGUGGCUGCAAUUUGGCUUCAUAAGGACGAUCCCCUCACUGCGCAUUACUGCAGGUCAGAGAACCUGGACCAUAUGCACAAGGUGGUUCUGGAGGUGAAAGGCGAAACGCAGCUGCGAAAUCUAGCCCAAAAGCUUCAGACUGCAGGAGUAUUGCACAAGUUAUGGAUUGAGCAACCUGAAGACUACGCAACUUGUCUGGCUACCAAGGCCUAUCACAGGAGCGAAGUUGCAUCUCAUUUUAAGAAGCUAAAGCUUUGCAAAUAAAUGCCAUGAGCUUCUCGAUCUUUCAC